GACGUAAUGUACAUUAUGAUUGUUUUGUUACCUUGAGUUCGAUAUUUUAAACAAAAACUAAACUUGGCCUUAAGUGACUAUAGUGAAAGUAAAAAGUACACGUUUGUGGAGCUUAAAUAUAACAUGUACGAGAUCUUAUGUUUACCCAUUCAACUGAAAACUGACUCCAAUCAGUCAGCAGCCACAAAAAAUGCACACAAAAUAAAACACCAGAUAUCGUGUAGUCAUCAAUAGAGGAAUUAUGUCUAUGAGAAGAUACGUAAGAUGAGAUCAAAUUAAUUAUAGAAACAUGUGAAAUACAUUUAUUUCUCAGCUAUACCUUUUACGAAUAAUAUUUCCAAUUAACUUUUGCACCUGAUUUAUUCCUUAUACGUACAGAUACGUAUUUGCAAUAAGAAGCGUAACUUGUUAACAUAAAAUAAAGAACUAAAUAUAUGCUUAUUUAAGCAGGAAUCAAAGAAAUGCAACAUCCAAUGUUUGAGGUACGAAUAAGAGCAUUCAAAGUUUAACCGUCACUUAAAUGCUUAAUGUAAUGCAGCUUGAGCUCAUUUUGUAUAAAGAUCAAUAACUGCAUAAUAACAAACAUAUCGAUUACAUUAUGAAUGUAGUUCAUAAACAUCUCAUAGAGAUCAUUCAACGGGUACAAAUUUGAAAUUCAUUUUAAUAAUCUUAGUCUAAAAUGGAGCGUUGGGCAGGUAAAAUAGCGGUAGUAACUGGAGCAAGCUCUGGCAUAGGUUUAGCUACUGUGAAGGACCUUGUUAAGGCUGGUGUAAUAGUUAUUGGACUAGCAAGACGUGUCAAUAAAAUGAAAAGAUUAGAGGAUGAACUACAAUUUAGAAGAGGAUCAUUUCAUUCUUGUGAAUGUGACAUUUCCAAAUUGGAAUCUAUCAAAGCUGCAUUUAAAUGGAUCGAGGAAACUUUUUCAAAAAUCAACAUAUUGAUUAACAACGCAGGAAUACUAAAAUUUUCCGGAAUAUUGACUGAAGGCAACGAAGAAGGCUUAAGAGAAUUGAUUGAAGUGAAUUUAUUGGGUAAUGUGUAUUGUACAAAGGAAGCCUAUCGAUUAAUGAGAGCCAGUUAUGGUGAAGAAUGUCAUAUUAUUAACAUUAAUAGCAUUCUUGGCCAUAGCAUUCCGUCAAGCUUAGCCUCUUUAACUUAUAAUUUAUAUCCGACAUCAAAGCAUGCUUUAAAAGCUACAACAGAAGUCUUGAAGCAGGAACUCAGUAAUGAAAAAAAUAUACGAAUUUCUAGUAUCAGUCCUGGAUUAGUGAAAACUGAAAUAGCACACUCAGCUAAGCAUCCGUGUGCAGACAGAAUAAUGGGAUCUCAGACUAUACUGCAUGUGGAGGAUGUAUCGAGGGCAAUUCUUUUUGUAAUUGGUUCCCCUAGACAUGUUACAAUUAGUGAGCUGAUUAUCACACCAACUGGACAGAAAUAUUAGAGAAAUAUCAAUUCAAUAUCAAUGCAAAUAAGAAGGAUUUAAAGUAAAUUUGAAUUAAAAAUAAAAUUAACAUUUAACAAUAUGUUUAUU